UGAAUGUGUUUGUGUAGCGUAUACACAUGGGAGGAAGGAAGUAAUGAUACUUGACUUAAUGUUCUGAAUAUGUUCACUACGUGUUGUUUUUGGGAAAUACAUCUACGGUGCCUCCUGUAAGACAAAGCCAAGGGUGUUGGAAGCCCAGGCCACGACUAGCGUUCGCAUUAUCUUGUGGUUUUCACCAUCGGGCUGGCUGUUGUCUUUAGACAUCCAUAUGCUGUCAGAGGCUGCUCUCUAGCUCUCUACUGACGUCACGUACACAAUGAAGAGAAGACUGACGUCACUCUGUUAGAGUACUCUGAUCAUGGUGGUUAGCUAACGGGAGCUACGAAGCUAGGUCACUUCUGGGACAGCCCUGACAGGUUAGCUUCGACAGCUAGCUAGCUAGCUAACAGUUGGCUAUGUGAAGUGACUGACCGGGAAAGAUAAAGAGACUCCCUGCAGCAGCUCUCUGUGUGAUCCAUUUGGAACGUUACGCUGAAUACUGGACCGUAUCGUGAAUGCUUGGUCUGUUGGACUACAUAACGGAUGAUGAGCUGACGUGCGGCCGGGCGGCGUUCCUGUCGGUGUUGCAGCUGGCUCUCAUGUUGCCAUGGAGACGGCAGCCUUCGAGGGCUGGCUGCAGUCCGUCUCGGCCUCUUUCCUUACCCUGAACGACCAGCAGCGCAACCAGUCUCUGGACCAGCUGAUCUCUCUGAGCGGAGCCGUGCAGCUCCGCCACCUGUCCAACGGGCUUGAGACGCUGCUGAAGAGGGACUUCCUGCGCCUCCUCCCCCUGGAGCUGGCCUUCUACCUGCUGCACUGGCUGGACCCUGAGACCCUGCUCACCUGCUGCCUUGUCUGCAAACAGUGGAAUAAGGUGAUCAACUCGUGUACAGAGGUGUGGCAGGGUGUGUGUCGGGAGCUGGGCUGGAGGAUUGACGAGUCCAUUCAGGAAGCCCCCCACUGGAAGGGGGUCUACCUGAAGGCUAAACUGCGCAUGGUGCAGCUGCAGGAUCAGGAGGCAUUUGAGACAUCGUCCCUGAUUGGCCACAGUGCUCGGGUCUACGCCCUCUACUAUAAGGACGGCCUCCUCUGCACAGGCUCCGAUGACCUCUCUGCCAAAUUAUGGGACGUGCGCACUGGGCAGUGCAUUUAUGGAAUUCAGACACACACCUGCGCCACCGUGAAAUUUGAUGAACAGAAGCUGGUGACUGGGUCCUUUGACAACACUAUGGCAUGCUGGGAGUGGAGCACAGGUGCUAAAAUCCAGCAGUUCCGUGGCCACACUGGAGCAGUGUUCAGUGUGGACUACAAUGAUGAACUGGACGUGCUGGUCAGCGGCUCCGCGGACUUUACGGUGAAGGUUUGGGCUCUGUCUGCUGGGGCGUGUCUCAACACUCUGACGGGACACACCGAGUGGGUCACCAAGGUGUUGCUACAGAAAAGUGAGGUGGAAUCUAUGGUGCACAGUCCUGGGGAUUAUAUCCUCCUAAGUGCUGAUAAGUAUGAAAUUAAGGUCUGGCCUUUAGGGAGAGAAAUCAACUGCAAGUGUUUGAAGACGCUGUCAGUGUCCGAGGACCGCAGCAUCAGCCUCCAGCCUCGCCUGCAGUUUGACGGACGCUACAUCGUCUGCAGCUCUGACCUCGGAGUCUAUCAGUGGGACUUUGCCAGUUUUGAGAUUCUCAGGGUGAUCAAAACGCAGGACCCAGCUAACCUGUCCCUGCUCAGCUUUGGCGAGGUGUUUGCGCUCCUUUUCGACAACCACUUCCUGUAUGUGAUGGACCUGAGGACAGAGGCCAUCUCGGGCCGCUGGCCUCUGCCAGCCUACAGGAAGUCCAAACGGGGAUCCAGCUUCCUGGCCGGUGUGACCUCCUGGCUCAACGGCCUGGACGGGGACAAUGACUCUGGACUGGUGUUUGCCACCAGCAUGCCGGACCAUAGCAUUCAUUUAGUACUGUGGAAGGAGAACGGAUAGACAGCACGCGCGCUCUGGAAUAUAUGAACCUUAACAGCCAACAUAGAUCAUGCAUGGACCAAAGCAUUUAGUUUUUAUCGGUUUCUUCCUCAUACAGUCCCACUCCAGACACCCACUUGGACAUCCACGGAUGGAAAACUAAGAUGAUGAAACUAUUACUGGUGCGCUAGAUCAACACAUCUAUGACAAUUAAAGGUUCCAAAAUAAAGAACAAUAGAAUUUCUCCUGUAAUAUA